UUUGACACUUGAUUAUUGUAUAUUUAUGUGUUUGUUUAUGUUUUGUAACUUUGUUAGCAAGAUAUUAUAAGGAAUUAGUAAAUUUUGCGGAGUUGUUCAUGAAGAUGAUUCUACGAACUUCGCACUUAGCAGCAUUGGUUUUGCUUCUUCUCCGAUGAAGCAGAGACUCUUCGAUCUUUUGCAGUCAUGUAUCGCCGGCAAAGCUCACCAUAUCCAUCUCCAAGCAAUCCAUGCCCUGUCCAUCACCUCUGGCUUCCAAUCAGAUGUCUUCGUAGCAAACGUUCUCCUCUCAGGGUACUCGAAAUCCGGUCAAAUUCGCCAUGCGCGGAAGUUGUUCGACGGAAUGCCUCAACGAAACCUCAUCUCUUGGUCCACGAUGAUCUCUUGCUACACCCAGCAUUGUCACUCAGAAGAGGCUUUCUCUCUGUUUUCUUGCCUCCGGAGAUGCUUUUCGGAGAGCCCGAAUGAGUUCAUUCUCGCCAGUGUCCUGCGUGCGUGCGUGCAAUCAAGCAGCAUUGGUCGGGGAUCCCAAGUUCAUGGUCUCACUGUGAAGAUGGGUUUUAGCACUGAUGUCUUUGUAGGCACAUCUUUGAUUAACUUUUACUCUAGGGUUGCUUGCUUGGAGGAUGCAGUGUUUGUGUUUGAUGAUUUGCCUUUCAGGAAUUCGGUCACAUAUACAGCGAUAAUCACCGGUUACUCACUGAUUGGUAGGAGUGACAAGUCACUUCAUCUGUUUAAUCGGAUGAGGGAGGAGGGAGUGAUGCCUGAUCGAUUUGUUCUUUCGAGUGUUAUAAGUGCUUGCGCUGAUGUUCAAUUCCUCGAAGGUGGUAAGCAAAUACAUGGCUAUGCGUAUAGAAGUGGAGCUGAGGUGGAUAUCUCAGUGAGUAAUGCGCUUAUUGAUUUAUAUUGCAAAUGCUCUAGGGUGAAGACUGCAUGCAGACUAUUUGACUCGUUGGUGGUGAAGAACCUUGUGUCAUGGACCACAAUGAUCGCUGGCUACAUGCAGAAUUCCCUAGACGAGGAAGCCAUGGGCAUGUUUUUUAGGAUGAGCCGGUUGGAAUUCCGUCCAGAUGGAUUUGCUUGCACGAGUGUCUUAAGUUCAUGUGGUUCUUUAAUGGCAUUGCGACAAGGAAAGCAAGUCCAUGGAUAUGCCAUCAAAGCUAAUUUGGAGAAUGAUGAGUAUGUGAAGAAUGGUUUGAUUGAUAUGUAUGCCAAAUGCAAUUCUUUGGUUGAUGCAAGACUUGUUUUUGAUGUUAUGAGUGAUAAGAAUACAAUAUCAUACAAUGCCAUGAUUGAAGGAUAUGCAAGGAAUGAUGAACUUUUGGAAGUGUUCAGUUUGUUCAAGAGGAUGAGACUUGAAUCACUGCGCCCAAGCCUUUUGACUUAUGUUAGCCUCCUCGGAGCAUCAGCAGCUUCGUCUGCUGUAGAAUUGAGCAAACAAGUUCACAGUCUUGUCAUUAAAAUUGGUUUCUCAUUGGAGUUGUACAUUGGGAGUGCAUUGGUUGAUGUAUACUCAAAAUGUUCAAGGGUUGAUGAUGCAAGGAGAGUGUUUGAUGAGAUGAAUGAAAGGGAUCUUGUUGUUUGGAAUGCUAUGAUUUCUGGGUAUGCCCAAAAUGGUCUAGGUGAAGAGGCUGUUAAACUCUUCCACCUGUUGUGCCUUUCUGGUCUGAAACCUACUGACUUCACCUUUGUUGCUCUUGUUACCGCAUCAAGUAAUCUCACCAGUUUAUUCCUUGGGUCUCAGUUCCAUGUACACAUAAUAAAAGCAGGUGUUGAGUUCGAUCCUCAUAUUUCAAAUGCUUUAGUAGACAUGUAUGCCAAAUGUGGUUGCAUACAAGAAGCUCAUUUUCUAUUUAAUACGAUGUGUGGAAGGGACAUCGUGUGUUGGAAUUCAAUGAUUUCAACAUGUGCACAGCAUGGGUAUGCUGAGGAAGCCCUCCAAAUAUUCCAUCAGAUGAUAAGCAAGAAAAUUGAACCAAACUACAUAACAUUUGUUGGUGCCCUUUCAGCAUGCAGUCAUGUGGGGCUUGUGGAGGAAGGACUGAGCUACUUCUAUUCAAUGAAACAUGACUUUGGAAUUGAACCAGGCAUGGAACAUUAUGCUUCAGUUGUUAGCCUGUUAGGCCGAGCAGGGAGGUUGCACGAGGCUAAGGAAUUUAUUGAGGAAAUGCCAAUUGAACCAACGGCAAUCGUAUGGAGGAGCUUCCUCAGUGCAUGUAGAAUGUUUGGUGAUGUUGAAUUGGGAAAUUAUGGAGCUAUGAUGGCAACCGCAACCAAUUUAAGAGAUAGUGGUCCGUAUGUCUUAUUAUCAAACAUAUAUGCUUCCAAGGGAAUGUGGGUUGAUGCAGAAAAAAUUAGGAAGGGAAUGGAUCAAAUUGGGGUGGUUAAGGAGCCAGGGUAUAGCUGGAUUGAAGUGAUGAAAGAAGUUCAUGUUUUUAUUGCCAGAGGCAGAGAACACAUACAGACAGAUAAGAUUUAUUCAGUGUUGGAUGGAUUGACUCAGUUGAUCCAAGACAUUGGUUAUAUACCUGAAACUUACAUUCCUGUCAAUAAAACAUAAUCUAUAUAGCGUGACAAGCACAAACUUCAGCAAAUUUGUAGUUGAAUACAGGAUACAUCAUACUGAUGAGACAAGCUUCCUCACUAUUGCCGUCAGUGUUAAUUUGGAAUAGAAACUCCAAUGGACUUCACAAAAUGAUUGAUAACUUGAAUGGUUAUCAGUUAUUUGGGAAAUCUGUAUUGUAGAAAUAGCAUUACUUAUAGAGUGUAUCAAAGCCAAUUGAAAACUUUUGCAAUGGAAUCCAGCAGGCCAUGCUCAAGUACUCUAAUAAAUUUGCCCAGGGAAUAACAUACAAGAGAAGAACGGAAAAGGUCCCUUCAAAGAAAGGGAAAUUCAUGCUCUUCUUCUUCUCCUGCACCCAAGUUGAAGAAACUUCUAAGAUGAGUCACAUUACUGUAAAAACCAACUGGUUAUCAGUUCUGCUGCUCAUCUUGGGACAAUGGCGAUGAACCUCGGAAGGAGCAUGAUGGUGAUCGCCGCCAAAUUUGGCGGUGACGGUGGUGGUUGUGGUGGUGGUGCCGAGCUGAUACAUCUCCUAUUAUCUUUUUAUUUAUGUUACAAUAAUGUAUGGUUUGUUAACAUAAGCUGAUAAAUCUUAAAAUUUUGUCUUUAUUGGCUCCUAAUGUGAUAAAGUACAUGGUUUGAGCAUGGUCCAGAAAUUUUAAUUAAUAUUAGGAUUUCAAACUUUAGUAAAUGAGGUACUGGUGAAUUUAGAAUUUAGUA